GCUCCCAGUGGAGGUUUUGUUCUCCUCCAAUCCAUAGCUAGGAGGAUUCGAGAUGGUUUACCCUAUAAUGGCGCCAAGCUUGUUGAAGGUUGGAUUGCACAUUCUCCUCCCCUUCAUCCUCUUUUCCUUCCAUGUCGACCAUGCAAUGAGGACCAACUACUAUAUUAACAGCCGCUGCAGCGCCACUGCGAAUUACACCGAUAGAAGCGCGUUUGAAGUAAAUAUGAGCAGCAUCUUCUCCACGUUGACAAACGAUGCUCUUCCUACUGGUUUUUCCAAUGCCACAGUGGGCGAAGGAUCAGAUACAGUCUAUGGCCUGGUUCAGUGCAGGGGCGAUGUCGAUGAGCAGGACUGCAAAGUGUGCAUCUACAAUUCCACCGUACAAGUCGUUAAAUACUGCCCCAACACAAUGGAUGCCAUCAUAUGGUAUGCAAACUGCCAGCUGCGCUACUCCAACACCAAUUUCUUUGGUCGGCUAAACAUGGCUGAUUCUGGCGACUGGUAUUGGAUCAAUGAUAAAGUGACGGACAUUAAAGGGUUCAAUGAGAAGUUGGGCCAACUGCUGAAGAAUCUAACUUCUCUAGCAACAACAACAACAACAGAGCCAGCUUCAAAGUAAAUG